CCCGCCCCUGCCGCGGGUCGCUCUGGGCGGGCGGCGCGAUGCGGCCGCUGCUGCUGGCGCUGGGCCUGGCCCUGGCCCUGGCCGUGGCCCCGGGCGCGGCGAACGAGCAGCACCGCGCCGAGUACGACCGGGAGGCGCUGCUCGGAGGGCAGGAGGAGGCGGAGGAGUACGCGCGGCUCAGCCCCGAGGAGCAGCAGCGGCGGCUGAGGAGCAUCGUGAGGAGGAUCGACGCGGACGCGGACGGGCUGCUCAGCGAGGAGGAGCUGAGCUCCUGGAUACAGCAAUCUUUUAAGCACUACGUUACCCAAGAAGCAAAGCAACACUUCCGUGACUAUGACAAGGAUGGUGAUGGAUUGGUGUCUUGGAAGGAGUAUAAUUUGCAGAUGUACGAUCGUGUGAUCGAUUUUGAUGAGAACACUGUCCUGGAGGACCAAGAAGAAGAAUCAUUUCGACAGCUUCAUUUAAAGGAGAAAAAGCGUUUUGAGCAAGCCAACAGAGACGAUGUCCCCGCCCUCAGCGUGGACGAGUACGUGGCUUUUGAGCACCCCGAGGAGGUGGAGUACAUGACGGACUUUGUCAUUCAGGAGGCUUUAGAAGAACAUGAUAAAGAUGGUGAUGGAUUUGUUAGCCUGGACGAAUUCCUUGGUGAUUACAGAAGAGACCCAACUGCAAGGGAAGAUCCAGAGUGGAUACUUGUUGAGAAGGAUCGUUUUGUGAAUGACUAUGACAAGGAUCAUGAUGGAAAACUCAACCCUCAAGAGCUGCUGUCCUGGAUAGUACCCAACAAUCAGGGCAUUGCACAAGAGGAGGCUCUUCACCUCAUUGAAGAGAUGGAUCUGAAUGGUGAUAAAAAACUCUCUGAAGCAGAAGUCCUUAAGAACCAGGAUUUGUUUCUUAACAGCGAAGCAACAGAUUAUGGUAGGCAGCUUCAUGAUGAACGUUUCUACCAUGAGGAACUUUAGAUUAUUUAUUUUGUAAUCUGGGUUUGUUGUUGUUGUUUUGGGUUUUUUUUUCCCUUUCUUUCAUUUGGGGCUUUUGUUAAAAGCAUCCAUCGGCUGUGUUGCAAGUUUUAUGCUGUACUUACAGUACACUAAUGGUUGUGUAAAUAAUUUGCCUUCAAAAUUUAAUUGCCCCCUUUGCCCCCCCCCCGCAGACUUCCUGGGCCUCUUCUAAGCCUUCAAAAUUAAUCUGAAAUACUUACUUCAAAACUCUGUAACGUUGGGAAAUAAAUUACUUUGGGGUAGUGCUGUUUUGUGAAGAGUUGUUCUGCUGUACCUGAAGAAAAUGGAGAAUCUAAAUGGUUCUGAAAGAAUGCAAAAUGUAGUAAUAACUGAGACUACUAUUUUUCUAAUCAGUUUAAUUGGGAUGAGGGGAAGGUGGGAGAAUGUUUAGAGUCAGUAUUAACUGUGGUUUAUUUAAUACCUUUGGAGAAACACUUAGAUUAAUGCCUCAAUUGUUUAAGAGGUUUCUACUUAAUUUUAAAUGGUUUCUAUACCGUGUUUUACUGUAUCAUAAAACUUGCUAUUUUUACAUCUAUAGACAAUAAUUGUUUUUAAUGUACAAUUCUACAGCAUUAGCAAUAUAAUGGCAUUUUACUGUGUCAAGACCCUGUUCAUUUGUCGGAUUAAAACUUAAAAUAUUCUGUC